AUGAAUAGACUCUUGAUUACAGAAUUAGGGGAUACCAUGAGAUUAGACUUGAAAAAGGAAGUUAACAAAACUCCAUCAUCAAGCAAGCAUAUUAUUAAAACCACAUUUCCUGAAAUCAAAAAUAAUAUGGUAGGUUCUUCACUUUUUGCAGACAUUGAGAAAAAUGAUAAUCCCUUAUAUUAAAAAAGUCUCUCCGAUCAAGCUCUACUAAACCUCUCAAAAAUAGCCAAUCUUUCUUUAUUUGGACCCAAAUGUAAGGAAUAAUUGAAGGUAUAAAUCAGAGAGGAUCUAUAAAUGAAAACCUAAAAUGAUUACUUAAAUUUGCAGCUAGAAAGAUAUGUAACUAGAAUACUUGAUGACAAAAAUUUGAUGACCAAGCGAAAAAGGUAGUUGUUAAAUGAACUAAAAAGAUUAGAAGCCAAAGAGAAAUUAAAACAAUUUAAUCAUAUGCCUACUGAUUUAUCUCAAUUUUGUUCUAUAAUUGAAGAUACUGACAGAGAAACCAAACUAAUGUCAAUUGUUAAUGCAGAAGGCAAACUAUUAUAAUUGCAGAGAAGGUAUGACUAAAAAUUACAGGAAGAUGAAAAACUUAAACAAUAAAUUAAAAUCAACUACAACAAAUUUAAAGAAGGCUAGACAAUGUAAAUAGAAGCCUUGCCAGUUUUAUCGAAGGAUGAAAUGGAAAACAAUGUAAAAGACAUCUUCAGCAACAGAGAUUAAUCUUCUCAAAGGUUUCAUCAAAGAAUUAAUGAAAAACACAAAAAAUAGAAGGAAUAUAUUUGGAGAUAACAUCAUUUUCCAAAUGAUCACAAAAGAUAUUUAUCAAAUUGA